UCUAUCAGUAAUCAGAAUUAUCAGAUAUAUGGAACGAGGUAAGGGAACAAAGAUGCACCCCGUGAUGCAAACCGGGAAGAGCGCCAUGGCGGCCACAAAGGAGAAGGUGGGCAACGUCGCCGCCUCCGCCAAGGCUGGCAUGGAGAAGACCAAGGCCGCGGCCGAGGAAAAGAUAGAGAAGAUGAAGACUCGCGACCCGGCGCAGAAGGGGGCGGCGGAGCAGCUGAAGGAGGAGAGGAUCGAGGAGGCGGAGGUCGAGAAGCAAGCUUCCAAGGAGGAGAACGCGGCUGUCAGGGACCAGAUCCGCGCCUCUGCCGCCGGCACCGUCGCCGGCUAUCCCAGCGGACAGACCGGGGUGGUGAUCAGGCACCACCACUCCUAAGCCUGGCCCGACCGGGCUCCGGUGCGGCCGCGGUGGGCUUUGUUCCCUGGCUCACCAACAAUCUGUUUGUUUGGUUUCUCUUCAUCUCGGUCUUACUUCGUGUGUGCCUGUACAUGUUUUAGGAUAAAUAAUUGAGUAACUUGUCUUGGCCGCUGUUUUUUAAGCAAGUCAUGGAUUAUAAAUUGCAUCUGCCUAGAGUUAUGCGAAGUAAUCACAUUUAUGUUUUGUAAUAUAUAAAUAAGAGUCUUUGGUU